CCUCUGACAGGAGGAAAGAAGAUCCUGACCCAACCAACCCUCAGAUGCAUGUCUGCCUUAAAGGAGAAUAUUCCUUGACAAUUAGUGUCUCCUAAGGUCAGCUCUACGUCUAACAGGUAGUUGAAGAAGAAAAAACAUGAUACAAUGGAGCAGGGAAAUUACACCAGAGUGAAAGAAUUUAUUUUUCAAGGACUGACCCAGUCCCGAGAGCUGGGCUUGGUCUUAUUUGCUUUGUUAUUUUUGGUCUACACAUCAACUGUGAUGGGAAACCUCCUCAUCAUGGUCACUGUGACCUGUGAGUCCCGCCUUCACACCCCCAUGUACUUCCUGCUCCGCAAUCUCUCAGUCUUGGACAUCUGCUUCUCCUCCAUCACUGCUCCCAAGGUCCUCGUGGACCUUCUGUCAAGGACAAAGACCAUCUCCUUCAACGGUUGCAUCACUCAGAUGUUCUUCUUCCACCUUCUCGGUGGGGCAGAUAUUUUUUCUCUCUCUGUCAUGGCCUUUGAUCGCUACAUGGCCAUCUCCAAGCCCCUGCACUACGUGAGCAUCAUGAGUAGGGGGCGAUGCACUGCCCUCAUUGUGGCCUCCUGGGUGGGGGGCUUUGUUCACUCCAUCGUGCAGAUUUCCCUGUUGCUGCCCCUCCCCUUCUGUGGGCCCAAUGUUGUUGCUGGCUUCUACUGCGAUGUCCCCCAGGUCCUCAAACUCGCCUGCACCAACACAUUUGCUCUUGAGAUCUUAAUGAUUUCCAACAAUGGUUUAAUCUCUACACUAUGGUUUGUCUUCCUCCUUGUGUCCUACACAGUCAUCUUGAUGAUGCUGAGGUCUCACGCUGGAGAGGGCAGGAGGAAAGCCAUCUCCACCUGCACAGCCCACAUCACUGUGGUGACUCUGCACUUUGUGCCCUGCAUCUAUGUCUAUGCCCGGCCCUUCACUGCCCUCCCCAUGGACAGAGCUGUCUCCAUCACCUUCACAGUCAUCAUCCCUGUCCUGAACCCCAUGAUCUACACCUUGAGGAACCAGGAGAUGAAGUCAUCCAUGAAGAGACUGAGGAGAAGACUUGGACCUUCUGAAAAAGAAUAGAUGCUAUGAAAUCCGGAUUGAAAGUCAGAACUGAAAAGUAUUUUCUCACAACACAGUAGAAGACCCCAAUCAAUAGGCCAUCUUGAGACCAAAGUUCUCCCUUUGUCCCUCAAUAGCGUCUUCUAAUAAGGGUGGCCUCAAAUGAUCUUCUCUGAAAGGUUUUCUCUUGGUGAGAUUGUUGACAACACAGAAUCUCAGACCCAUAAAUUGUCAGCUCUUAAUGAGACUCCAAAGAUUAUGUUGCCCAAACACCUCAGGUGAGCUUCACAGGUGAGGAAAUAAGGUCUGAGAGAAAGUUUCCUCUCAGGUCUUGAGUUGUGGCUGUUGUUGGCCAACCAGUAAUUAGUAAAAUGAUGUCCAGGGACCAGGAGUCAAGGCUGGAAAGUCCAGCCACCCUCCUUUGUGGAAAUCAGUUUCCAUUGCCAACCUUGGAGGAUCUGGGUUGCAUCUUUCUAUGGAAGCCUCUGGGUUUCCCUUGCAGAAACUGAGGUAAGUUUCAUGCUUUAUCAAAGUUUCCUUAGCUAAUGAAUGACAGAGACAAGGCUAGAUCUGAGAUAUGAGCCUCAGCUAAGUGCAUGCCUUACUACUCCUGCUGCCUCAUACUGGAUUUCCUAGGGUCUGAGACGAGCUCAUCCAUAAACAUUUCUCCUUUAUUGUAGUAUUAUGAAAGGUGCUUGCAUGUCUUCAUCUGACCAAGGAGCAGAUACCUUAGGUUUCAGUCCCCUCUGAGAAUUUCAGCAUCAUUUUCCAGCCAUUCAUUCCCAGGCAGCCUUCCAGAGAAAGGAAUCUUGUCCUGUGUGCAUUGCUAGAAUGUGCCUGACUCAAAUCCACAAGAAGCAAAGGCUGAAGAAUCAAUGACUUUUCAUCACCUAGGCCUCCUCUUUAAGAGAAUAGAAAACAAUAUCAUAUCUGAGUUGGUCUCCUGGCAACCUAUUUAUUUGUCAAGCAAAUAGAUGAAAUUGGUAGUCAGCUAAAAUUCGGAUUGCAUUUGGAUCCCAUUCUUAUCUCCCAUGCAAUCUCUGACGGAUGUGUGAAGGGAAGUAAAGAGCCAUGUACAUAGCCUAAUUCUGAGAAAAACACAAGCAAGGGAAAUCUGCUUCAAAAUAUAGCCAAUCCCAAGCAUCUCUAUCAGGGCCUAGUGUUCCUCCCCUGGUGCUGGCCCCAAAUCCCUACUCUUGGAAUAUUUCAUAAGUUAGACACAGUUCAGAAGGGACAAGUUAGACAGAAUGCCACCACUUCAGAAGUUAGAUACAUCUCUGUAUGGCCAUAAUAAUCUGCUGGUGGUGAUGGCGGAGAUGGGACAUCUCUUGAGUCUAUUCUUAGUGGUACCUCUCUGGGGAUUAAUUUCAGAUGGUUUAUUGGAUUAGUCAAAGGCACCAAGUGUCCUCCUAGAGUAGAGGAGAUAUAGAACAGGAAAGCUGCGGCGGGUGGAUGUGAGGGAUGAGUCCAAGCCCAAGCUGUCGAAGGUAGCCCGAGAGACCCAGGUAUGGAAGGAUGGAACAUAUCAGUAUGGCAAAGCAAGGCAGACAUUAUUAGCAAAAUUCACAUUUGCUUAUGCCAGAUCCUGGACUCGUGGGUGCUUUACUAAAGUUGGAAGAUCUUUUGAAAAUCUGCAUUUGCUUCUUUGGGGGUGGUUAUG